AGUUCAGUUUAUUCUCUGCAUUGAGCUGCCCCACAAAAUGAGGUGCCUGACUGCCUUGGCUUUGAUUUUGCUACUGGCCGACUUGGUUUUGGGCCAGGACUACGAUGAUGUUCAAAAUAAUAACUAUAAGUUUAAAGCACGAAAGAGGCAUUUUGAAAAAAUCAAUAAAGCCAUUUGCUACUCGAAGCCAGACUAUGGCAAAUGCAAAGGAAAUCGACAGCUCUGGUUCUUCAAUAAGUACAAGAUCAAGUGCGAGAAGUUCACAUACUCGAAUUGCGGCGGAAAUGAAAAUCGUUUCUAUACCAAAGAUGAAUGCGAUAUAUUUUGUACUGAAAAGUCCAUGGAGUGGCUCAGAAAGGAUACCGCCCAUGUGGCUUGAUUUCCAUUCCUCUAUUGCAAUUAAUUUACGCUUCUCAUAUUCACACAUAGCUAAUACCACACUUUACUAUCUGUCAGAAAUUUCCCGAAGUUCAUCUGUAAUGAAAGAUUUUUUAAAGGGAAAAAGUUCAGACAGUUAAAUCCGACGAAAAUUCCUGGCUGGAACAGCAAAAUAAAGCCGAUCCAAAAGUAA